AAAAACCAAAAAAAAACAAGAAAUGCAGCCACAAGAAACAACUACUACCAAGAAACGACCUCACUCAGCACUCUCAACCACCCUACUCCGUCCUCGUCGCUCAUCGAUCGAAGAUGACCUCAAACAACGAAGACUCAGCGGAUGGGCCAUCUUCGAAUCAGUCAUCGAUCAUCACCACUCAUCAUCAUCAUCAUCAUCAUCAUCAUCAGCAUCAGGCAGAAAUAAUCUAACCAGUCAACAAGAACAAGCAGAACAACAACAACAACAACACAACAGACUCAGCUCACCAACAAGACCGAUCUGCCAAGAACCUCAACCGAUUGACUACCAGCAACAAACACAACCAACCCCCAGCUCAAAAUCAAAACUCAUCUCAUUCGCAAACUCAGCCUUCUCAAAACUACCGAGCUCAUUCAGGAGAGACUUCCGUGUGAUCCUCAAGUGCUCGAUCGCCUAUCUCAUCGCAUCCCUCUUCUCAUUCUAUGACCCACUCUCCGACCUACUCGUCCUACCCUUCGGACUCGAUGGCCCAUUCUCAGGCGCACACGUCGUCGCCACCAUCGUCACCUACUACCGUCCUGCUGCAACGGUCGGCGGGAUGAUCGAGGCUAACCAUCACGCCAUCUGGGGACUAUUCUGGCUGGCCGUCAUCAUCGUCGGCUCCACCCUCACCUCUUUCCUAAUCGAAAACAGGAUCAUCUCCCAUGCCAUCAUCCUCAUCUUCUUCGUCGGUUUUGGUUAUGGAUCCAUGGCCUGGGUCAAACUCAAAUCUCCAGGCUUUGCCUCAACCUGUAGCAUGAUCAUCGUCAUCUCAUCCGUCAUCAUCACGAGGGAAGGAUCGAUCCACUUUGGGUACCUGGAUUUCAAGAAAAGUUUGAUCUAUACAGAGAUCAUCUUGAUUGGGAUGUUGAUCAGCAAUCUGACCUGUCUAGGUUUUUGGACCGGAAGUGCGACGGACAGUCUCCAGAAGGAUAUCAACAACACCCUCGACUCCUUUGCCACUUUGAUCGGAAUGUUGACCAAGACCUUCUUACUCGACGAGACCAUUUAUACCGAUCAAGAGCGUCUCAAACACGCCAUCGAUCGCCACGAUCUCUCAUUCACCUCCCUCAAAGGCUCAUUGGAUGCGGCCGUCUACGAGUUCUUCGAGCCACGCAUCCAGCGCUCUCAGGAUCAUUACCGAGAACUGGUGGCCUCCAUGAACAGGCUGGCCCAGCAUCUGACCGGGCUCAGGAGUGGAUGUAGUCUUCAAUACGAGCUCUUGGGACCCGUCCAUCUAAGAGCUGAACGGUCCUCCCGAAACCCAUCGGCUGAAUCCCCAGACGUCCGUCCGAUCGAGGAUGUCUUUGCAGCCUUCUGUGAGGAAAUUGGACCGAGUUUGAAGACCCUGAUGGCCACCGGCACGGCAUGUCUCCAUGCGAUCAAAACCCCAGUCCAUCACCCCUUCGCGCGUACUGACCUGCCCAUUGACCCCGAGGCUGCAGCUGAUGGGAUCGAUAAGAUUGUGCACAUGCGUUCACAGCUUUUCCUGGCCAUUCAGGUCUUUCAGGAGAGCCACAAUCUCGCUAUGAAGAACCUAUACCAUAACUUUAUCUCUACCACCGACCCCGCCGCCAAUGUCUCUGCUUUUUCAUCUAUCCCUACCUCAUCCACAACAUUCGGCUCUCAUUCCCAAUCUCAUCAACUUAACGAAGAAAUUUUUGUCAUUUGUUUCUUCUUAUUCAAUAUGGAAGAAUUCAUGCGAGAGCUUUGUCAUCUGUUAGAUAUUUUUGUGGAUAUUCGAACAGAUGAAGAAUUGAUUGAGUACGAGUCUCGAUUAAGGUGGCGACGGAUACGGCGGCGGCUGGAUCCACGGAACUGGAUGAAGAAGGGGACGUAUGAGUAUGUUGAGGGUAGACGAAAACCACGCUCGCGACGACAGCGACCGAAACUGACGGCGGUACUCCCGUUGAACCCGAAAGCUCAACGCGCCUUCUCCUCCUCGGGAAAUCGGAAGCAACAGGCGCCUGAGGGUGAACAGAACGCGUCAUCCAUGACCUCAGUGUUCGAUAGAAUCAAGCGGACGAUCUACGACUUCUUUCAGAACUUUAGCGAUCCCGAUACCAAGACUGCUAUCAAGAUCGGCGCCGGCGCUGCCCUGAUGACCUUUCCUGCUUUCUGGGAUGUCACUCGAUCGACUUUUCAUCAUUAUCGUGCUCAGUGGGCUGUCGUCACCUAUAUGAUCGUUAUGGCUUCUACAUUAGGCCAGACAAACUUUCUAGUGAUCACGCGAAUGGUAGGGACCAUGGUCGGCUCGGGCGUAGCGAUUGGGGCCCAAUAUGCGUUCUGGCAAGACCCGGUGGUCCUGCCGAUCAUCGGCUUCGGCUUCUCGUUGCCCUGCUUCUGGCUCAUCGUCUCCCAGCCCCCGUAUGCUUCUACGGGAAGGUUCCUCCUCCUCUCCUACAACUUGGUCUGCGUUUACUCCUUCAACGUCCGCGAUAAAAACGUCCAUAUCCUAAUCACUGCUUAUAAUCGUAUCGUCUGCGUCUUUGUCGGUGUCUUGGUUGGUUGGGUGAUCAAUAGCUUUGUCUGGCCUUACAAAGCGCGGAGAGAAUUGAGGAAAUGUUUAUCAGAAUUUCUUCUCGAAUCCGCCUUCUUGUAUUCAUUCUUAGUCAAACAUUAUUCGAGUAAGCCGACUGGUGGGACUGGGGAAGAAGGAGAAGAAGAAGAAGAAGAAGGUGGAGAUCAUGGAGGAGAUGGUCAGGGCCGGCCGAAUUUGGCCAGGGAGGCUCACGAGAGCUCAGCUUUAUUACUUGGGAGUCAUGCUAAGGCUCAGUUGAAGUCGAGGGUGGAUGAGUUGUCUAAGAUGGAGAUGUUCCUACAAGUGAAGCUGAUCCGAUUAUUUGGCUUAUUAUCGGCUACUCGACACGAGCCGCGACUGAAGGGCCCGUUCCCGAAGGGCCGAUACCAGAAGAUGUUACAAGGCUGCCAGAUGAUGUUGGACAUGUUGCAUUCGUUGCGGGCGGUGACUGUGCGCGAGGAAUGGUUCGAGCAGGCCGUCCGCGAAGACUUCCUGGUCGCCGCCCGCGAGGAACAUCGCGAGCUCGUCGGCAACCUCAUCCUCUUCUUCGGCCUCCUCUCCUCCUCCAUCGAACUGAAAGCGCCUCUUCCCCCCUAUCUACCCCCCGCCGCGGAAUCGCGACGCAGGUUGUUGAGUAAAAUCUCGCUCAGACUCGCUCGUCCUUCUGAUGAUCAGCAACAACAUCCUCAAAACCUGAACGAAGAUGGACACAAUGAGCCAGCAAAAGAGGAUAAGAACCACCGACAAGAUCGUCGGUUCGAGUCGGGUGGCAGCAAACUGGAGACGAUUGCGGAAACCAGACACCCCAAACGGGUCCGACGGACCACCCACUACCUAGAGGACCAAGAAGCUUCCAAGAAGAAGAUCAAUUACUCGCUCUUCUUCGCCUUCAUCGUGGCCAUCAAACAUAUCCUCAUCCAGCUCGAAUUGGUUGGCGGAGAGGCUCAGUCCCUCUUCGGAAUCAUCGGCGGGAUCCAGAACCUCUCCGAAUUCGAGGAGAUCUUUGCCACCCUUUGAGCCCUUUCCUUCCCUCCUCCCUUUCUCUGGCCGUAGAUGAGGGAUAUACAUAGAUGCCAAAGAGGCUUGGUUUGGACCGUCUGAUGCAGUCCGGAACGCAUCUUUUUUUUUUUUUUUCUGUUUGUGUGGCUUGUGAUGUAGGAUGUCAGUGGGCUU